AUGACGAGACUAAGAGAAGAAAACGCGGUGUUACACAUCCAAGUUUCGUCCUCGAGGCCUCCUCAUGACCAAUGCCCAAGAGGCCAGGGGGCGAACUCUAGGCCUGAUCUAGAAUCGACUGAUCCUUCCAUCACAAAAGCAUCCACUUGCAAUACUAUUGAGGAGAGCCAGGAAGAGGGCCAGGAGUGGACGGAAGUCAUAGCAGGAUACCUCCGAACAGGAUCUCUACCUGAUGAACCCAAGCAAACGCACAAGAUCCGGGUACAAGCUGCCCGUUUCGCUCUGAUCGGGGAGCACCUUUACAAACGAUCUUUUACAGGCCCCUACCUCAGGUGCCUAGACUGCUUAGAGGCUCAAUACAUAUUAGCUGAGUUACAUGAGGGUGUAUGCGACAAUCACCUCGGAGGACGAUCUUUGGCGCAUCGAGCACACUCGCAGGGCUACUAUUGGCCCACUAUUAAGAGAGACGUGACGACUUAUGUCAAGAAGUGUGACAAAUGCCAAAGGCAUGCCCCAUACCGCAUGCGCCUUCUGAAACGUUGA